GCAGCGGCGGCAGUGCAGAGGCAGCGGCAGCAAGAACAGGCGGCCUGGCACAGCCUGGCAGCGCAGUAGUGCUACUGGUGGCGCAGCCCUGGCGCAGCCGAGGGGCAGCCAUUGACUGACCCGUGCCGUGCCGUGCCGUGCCGUGCCGUGCCGCGCCGAGUCGUGGGAUAGUUGGCAACUUCCCUUUACCUUGCCGGCCAGUGGAGUAGGUGUGAAGAGGAGUCCAUGCGAGUGAGGCCCGCGGCGUCGCCCCUCUUUGCCUCCGCUGCCUACGGGCCUGCGCUACAGUUUGCAGCCCUGCGAGCUUAAGAUGGAAUCUUCCGGCGUGUUCCUCGGGCCGUUCAUCCACUCGGAGCGCUUCGAACAGGUCACCGUGGUGGACGACGGCAUCCUCAUCGUCAGGAAUGGCAAGGUGGUGCUGGCCGAGGCGCUCCGCGGCCGCGACGCCGUGACGCUGGCCUCUGCGCACGGCGUGCUGGGCUCCCCCGUGGUGCUGCGUCCCGGACAGCUGCUGCUGCCGGGCUUCGUGGACGCGCACGUCCACGCGCCGCAGUUCCCCAACGCGGGCCUGGGCUACGACAAGACCCUCCUGGACUGGCUCGCCACCUACACCUUCCCCCUGGAGGCGCGCUACGCCGACCAGGAGUUCGCCACCAGGGUGUACGACGCGGUCGUGCGCCGCUGCCUCGGCGCCGGCACCACGCUGGCGUGCUACUUCGCCACCAUCCACACCGAGAGCUCGCUGCAGCUGGCGCGGUGCGUGGCGCGCGCGGGACAGCGCGCCCUCAUCGGCAAGGUCAACAUGAACGUCAACAACCCCGAGUUCUACAACGAGGCCACGCAGCAGUCCAUCGACGAGACGCACAGCUUCGUGGACAGCGUGCGGGCGAUGCAGAACUCGCUGGUGCAGCCCGUCAUCACGCCCCGCUUCGCCAUCAGCUGCGACAUGGACCUCAUGAAGAGGCUGGGCGACAUCGCGCGCACCAAGGACCUGCACAUCCAGACGCACAUCUCGGAGAACAUAGGCGAGGUGGAGGCUGUCAGGGGCCUGUACCAACAGUGCAGCAACUACGCAGACGUGUACGACAAGGCGGGGCUCCUUACCAAAAAAACCGUGCUGGCGCACGGCGUGCACCUCCUGGAGGAGGAGCUGCGGCUGCUGGCGGGGCGGGGCACGUCGGUGGCGCACUGCCCCGCGUCCAACACGUGUCUGCGCAGCGGCAUGUGCGACGUGCGGCGCCUGCUGGACGCGGGCGUCACGGUGGGACUCGGCACAGAUGUUUCCGGCGGACCAAGUCCCAGCAUUUUAGAUGCUAUAAGAGCGGCAUUGGAUACCUCCAUACAUGUGUCAUUCUCAAAGAAAAACUACAGGCCUUUAAAUUAUCAAGAAGUUUUCUAUCUAGCCACUUUAGGUGGAGCAAGAGCAUUGGAUAUGGAUAAUAUUGUGGGUAAUUUUGCUGUAGGCAAGGAAUUCGAUGCGCUACUUGUGAGUGUGCCUGAUCCAGACCUACAUGUUGGACCCCUCAAUAGCUUACAGUUACUUCAAAAAUUUAUCUACUGCGGUUCUGAAAGAAACAUCAAGGAGGUGUAUGUUCAAGGACGGCAAGUGAAACAGGGGUUUUAAUGUAGAAAUGCUUCCAGAAAUGUUUCCCAACAGAUGCAAUGUGUUCCAAAUUGAAUUUCUUUCUAAAAGAGUGGUUGCAUGUAAAAAUUUGAGAUCAAAUUUGAGGAAAAGAAAUGACAAGGCAAGUCGAUUUACUUACUUCAAUUUUAAUGAAUUGGGCAUACCAUGCUCAUCUACAAUAUGAAUAAAAAUUUGCUACAGAAAACACCUGAAAGAAAAUA